CUUCAUUAAUGGCGCGCCCAUACGUGACCCGACCCGACCCUUUAUCAUUCCCUUCCUUUCCCUCCCCUGCUCACCGCCACACCCUCCCUAGUCUCCUGCUGUUGGGUUGCUCGCCUCCGUGGUGAGGGUGCUCGGCAACAGCUGCUGCUGUCUGCAAGGCGUGAUCGGUCGAGAGGCCCCUGCCGUUGCCCCCGCUGCAUGCUGCUGCGGUAGGAAGCAGGGAGAAGAGAUGGCGGCCGAGGCGGUGGGGUUCAUGUCGCGGGGAGCCAGCGGCGGCAGGGCCGCGGGGCUCGUCACCAGGGACUUCCUCGGCGGGUGCGCGGCCGCCGACGACGCCAGGGACGCCGCCGCCAGGCAUGACGCCGUGCCCGGGGAGGUGUCCCUGCAGAAGCACGCAUGCCCGGCGGCGCCGAGGGACCUCAACCUGUUGUUCCCGGUGGCCUCCGCCGCCACCGCCGCAGCGACCAAGCCCUGCGCCGUGCCGGCGGCGCCCGCGCCCGCGCCGGCGGCCUCGUCCUCGGCCUGCACCGGCGCCACCGCGACGUACCACAGCGUGUGCACGAUCGAGAAGGUGAAGACGGCGCUGGAGCGGUUCGAGCGCGGGAAGCAGGGCCAGCACCCGCAGCACAGCGGCGCCGGCGCGUCCCCGUCGUCGUCGUCCGUGACCACGUCCUCCGUGAAGCGCCGCGGCGGCGGCGUGGAGCAGGGCGACGGGUGCGACUCCCCCUCGGGCGGCGGCGGCGGCGGAGGGGGGAUGGUGGCCGCGGCGUGCCCCAGGUGCUUCCUGUACGUGCUCAUCUCCCGGAGCGACCCGCGGUGCCCCCGGUGCGAGUCCCACGUGCCGGCUCCCCCGGCGCCCGCCGCGAGCAAGAAGCCCCGGAUCGACCUCAACGUCGGCUUCCUCGGCACCUAGCCGAGUCCUGGAUCGAAGCGUCGGGUCGGUCGCCAUCGCCAGCCCGCGUCGUAAAGUUAGGCAAGGUUGCGGGGUACAGGGGAGGCGCCUCUUUUUUGACUCCGAUUCCGUUUCUUCUCCCGGAAAUGCAUCUGCUCGCACUCCGGGAAAUGCAUCUGCUAGGAGAGUUAUGGCCGGCGAUAGAACACGCAUGAAUGGUGAUACUGCUGAAACUACUCCUUCCUGUAGAAGCAAUCAAUCCUACCACAAUCGAUCUGUUCCUGCAA